CCCCCCUCUCUCUCUCGGUGGCCGCUGCUGUGCGUGUGGGGGGCAACAAUCUCGCCGCGGCACGGCUGCGCCCGAGAAGGCGAGCGCUCCACGCGGUCCGCCCAUGCGUGGGCAUGCGCCAUGCGCCAUGCGCCUGCCAUCGGCCUGCUUCUGUGCCUUGCUGCUCAGCAUCAGGGUUGCGUCCGUGCACUCUCGCCUGCCUUUGAUAUAAAGGGCACGCAACGCCAUGCUGCCCCCUGCCGCGCUCUGCUCUCCACAACCACACACCAACACCCAACACCCAACAACCCAACACCAACAAGCGCCCACUUGGCAAUCAUGUCCGCCAUCCUCCGGCCAGCGCUGCGUCCGGCGCUGCGUGCGCUGCGCACUGCUCCGCAGCCGCUCGCCGCGCGUGCCUUGCAUGCCUCGGCAUCGGCAGCGAUGUUCCUCCUUUCUCGUUCCGCACCGCGCCUCGCCGCGAGCAAUGCAGGCGAGGCCAGCAGCGCUCCCAAGCCGCCGGCACACGCACACGCACAUGCCGCCGGCGUGCCCACGGCCCCACUGGCCGUGCGCGGCGCCGUCGUGCCGCCGCUCGAGGCGCUGCGUGACUCGGGCGAGCCCGGGUGGCAUGUGGGCGGGCGCACUUGCUAUACGGAGGAGGAGCUCAACGCCGUGCGCGUCGUGCACAAGGAGCUGCGCGGGCCGGGCGACCACGUGGCGGCGCUGCUGGUGCGCCUCAUGCGCUCCGCCUUUGACGUCGUCACGCGCUAUCCCUCGCACGCGGCCAAGUUCCCCGCGCUCAGCGAGGCCGCUUCAAGCAGCGACGUAGCAGUGCCCAACGACGGCGCCGACGCCUCUGCGGUGCGCCCCACGCGCCGUGCCAUGCGCGCCUCGCAGGCCGGCGGCGCGCCCGAGGCGCUGCCGCUGGCGCAGCUGCGCAAAGAGGGCCGCAGCUUCGCGCCCGAGCAGUGGCUCGUGCGCAUCGUCUUUCUCGAGACGGUCGCCGGCGUGCCCGGCUUUGCGGCGGCCAUGGUGCGCCACCUGCAGAGCCUGCGCCUGCUGCGCCGCGACGGCGGCUGGAUCGGCACGCUCUUGGAAGACGCAGAGAAUGAACGCAUGCAUCUCAUGGUGGCGCUCAAGCUGUAUCGCCCAGGCAUCUUCAUGCGAGCUAUGAUCGCCUCUGCCCAGGCCGUCUUUACCGCCUUCUUCUCGGCAAUGUAUCUCGUCGCGCCGCGCGUGGCGCAUCGUUUCGUGGGCAUUCUGGAGGAAGAGGCUGUCCUCACAUACACCAACAUCCUGCGCGACCUCGACGCGGGCCGCCUGCCAGAGUGGGAGACGUUCCCCGCGCCGCCCAUCGCCAUCAGCUACUGGGGCCUGCCGCACGACGCCAAGCUCAGCCACGUCAUUCGCGCGCUGCGCGCCGACGAGGCGAACCAUCGCUUCAUCAAUCAUUCUCUCGCCUCGCUCAAGUCUACCGAUUUCAAUCCCUUCGCAUACGGCAACGCGCCCGCCGCGCUGCGCGGCUCCACAUGGGGGCUGGAGCGCGACGAAGCACUGGCGUACUUUGAGCGCGAAGAUGCCAAGCGGCGCCGCGCCAACGCCGCGGGAGGCGCGGGCGCGGGCGCGCCGAGGGCCGAGGGCGCGGCGGAGCGCGAUGGCGAGCUGCUGCGGCUGCAGAGCGCAAAGGAGCAGCUCGCCGCCGACGCCGCUGAUGCCCUGCAUGCUGCCGCCGAGAGGCUGCCCCACGAGGCGGUAGCUCGCGGGCAGAGCGAGAAGGCAGACGUCAAGAGCGUGCGCCAGUAGAAGGCGCUGCCCCCCUUCGCAACGCCGUCCAGCUACUCCCUCUUCUCUCCACGUUCCCCCCAUCGCCCCUCCCCUCUCUAACCUCGCCUCGCCUCAUGUCUGAUACCCUCUCUUCGUCGCACGAAUUCACCACUCCUUCUGAUGCUGGUAUCGUCGAUUGUUGCUCUGCUCGGGCCAUGCCGUCGGCACCGCCGUCGCCAGGAAACGUCGGGUCCUUUACUUGUCGCCCUCGCCCUCCGCCUCGCCCUCGUCGGCGUGCGCCGCAAACACGGGCUUGGGCUGGUUCUUGGCCCACGCGGUGGUCCA